GAAAGAAGUGACGUCAUAGACACUGCCAUUCAUACGUCAGAGGUUUUGGCAGUCCGUGAGUGAACUAUUUUCUUCAUUGUUGACCUUUCCUAAAUCUUAGGUGUAAUUAUUUCAUCAUUACGUACUCUGGCUGUACCCUUUUCAAGCAUAUAUAUUUCUACAAAGUCUCGACUAUGGAUUCUGAAGACGACACAAAGGAUGAUGUGGAUUCUGGGAAUGAGUCCAGUGGAGACGAUGUCGACUUUGCAAUGGACGUUGAGACUCACAGUACAAGGGAACGACAAACGGAGCUCGAAGAAUAUCCAUACGAGGUGUUAUCUACGGAGGAAAUCGUUCAGCACAUGGUUGAUUGUAUAAAAGAGGUGAACACUGUUGUCGAGAUACCAACAACAACUACUCGAAUACUUUUAAAUCACUUCAAAUGGGACAAAGAAAAACUUAUGGAACGAUUCUAUGAUGGGGACCAGGACCAGUUGUUCUCUGAGGCUAGGGUCAUUAAUCCAUUCAGGAAACCAGUCAUACAGAGGCCAAAGCUACCCAGAAGAAUAUCUACAUCGGGAACAGAGGAAUGUGAAAUAUGUUUUUCAGUUCUACCUUCUUCGAUGAUGACAGGUCUGGAAUGUGGACAUAGAUUUUGCACACAGUGUUGGUGUGAAUAUUUAACAACUAAAAUAAUGGAAGAAGGCUUAGGCCAAACAAUUGCAUGCGCAGCCCACGCAUGUGACAUCCUGGUGGACGAUGCCACUGUCAUGCGACUGGUGAGGGAUCCACGAGUCAAGCUCAAGUAUCAACACAUCAUCACCAACAGCUUUGUGGAGUGCAACCGCCUCCUCCGAUGGUGUCCGUCCCCGGACUGCAGUAACGCGAUCAAGGUGGCUUACGUUGAGGCGGCACCGGUGACCUGCCGCUGCGGACAUACCUUCUGCUUCGCGUGCGGCGAGAACUGGCACGACCCCGUGCGGUGCUGUCUGCUCAGGAAGUGGAUCAAGAAAUGCGACGACGACUCGGAAACAUCGAACUGGAUAGCGGCUAACACGAAGGAGUGCCCCAAGUGCAACGUGACCAUAGAGAAGGACGGCGGCUGCAACCACAUGGUUUGCAAGAACCAGAACUGCAAGGCUGACUUCUGCUGGGUCUGCCUCGGGCCCUGGGAGCCGCAUGGCAGUAGCUGGUACAAUUGUAACAGGUACGACGAAGACGAAGCGAAGGCGGCACGCGACGCCCAAGAAAGGUCUCGCGCGGCUCUUCAACGAUAUCUGUUCUACUGCAACCGAUACAUGAACCACAUGCAGUCGCUACGCUUCGAGUCCAAACUGUAUGCCUCCGUCAAGGAGAAGAUGGAGGAGAUGCAGCAACACAACAUGAGCUGGAUCGAGGUCCAAUUUCUCAAAAAGGCCGUCGACAUCCUCUGCCAGUGUCGGCAAACACUCAUGUAUACAUACGUGUUCGCGUAUUAUCUACGCAAGAACAACCAGUCGGUUAUCUUCGAGGACAACCAGCGAGACCUCGAGUCCGCGACUGAAACCUUGUCCGAGUAUCUAGAGAGGGACAUCACUAGCGAGAACUUAGCUGAUAUCAAGCAGAAAGUGCAGGACAAGUACAGAUAUUGCGACAGCCGACGCAAGGUGUUGCUCGAGCACGUGCACGAAGGCUACGAGAAGGACUGCUGGGACUACACAGAGUAAUCUCCCCUGUUUAAUAUCCCCUCCGUCGUGGAGAAACUACGCAUAAUAGCUGGUCAUCCACUAACGCU